CCAGUCCCCCUUACGUGGGUCCCUAUUGCAGUGCGGAUCCAGUAGUUGGAGUUCUAAACCUAGCCCAAGAGAGGGAGCGCAUCUGAGUGAGCAAACAGAACUAGAAACUAUAGGUGCAUUUUUACUCUAUCGAACAUCGCUUUUGAAAGACUGUCACUUUUACUGCCCUGGAGCCAUCUUUCCAGCCUUGUAGUAUAACGCCCUCGAUCCCCGCCUGAAAACUCACACACGGUCGUGUCAGCUGGCAUGAGCUAACCCACCAGACAUGGAAACCAAACCUUUCAUGUCAUUGGAAUCUACAAUCCUGCCUAUGGGAUGGUUCCUGAAGCCCCAGUGCUCGCUGGCUCCGCCCCCCCAGCGAGGACGCUCGGGGGAGGCCUGCUCCUGUUUCACCGGCAUGUGUCACCUCCACCACCCCCGGAUAUCUACAGGUAACACUCAUCGCCAUCUCCACAUCCCCUCGCCAUCUUCCCCGUCAUGGCAGACUCCGCACCUGGGAAGACACCUGUAUCAAAUAAAUUCAUCAGGUCAGGUGACCUCAUCUCCACUGAGCUCUCCCACGUCCCACCGGGGCAUGCACCCAUCCCUGCUCAACCCGUCCUCCAUGGGGCCCUCAGGCUCCUUGCACUCUCCCAUCAGCACCCUGAGUUCUCCGAUGAACGGCCUGGGCUCUCCCUUUUCUGUCAUCAACUCCCCCAUGGGCCCACACUCCAUGUCCUCGCCCGGCAUGGGCUACGGCCCCAGUGUCAGCCCCCAGAUGUUCCAGCUGAACUCCCAGAUGAACUCGGUCAGCAGCUCGGAGGACAUCAAGCCCCCGCUGGGACUCAACGGGGUGAUGAAGGUGCCCGCCCAGCCCUCGCCGGGGUGCAUGCCUCUCUCCCUCACCAAACACAUCUGUGCCAUCUGCGGAGACCGCUCCUCAGGUAAACAUUAUGGAGUGUACAGCUGUGAGGGCUGUAAAGGCUUCUUCAAGAGGACAGUGCGGAAGGACCUGACCUACACCUGCCGAGACAACAAGGACUGUCUAAUCGACAAGCGCCAGCGCAACCGCUGCCAGUACUGUCGCUACCAGAAGUGUCUGGCCUGUGGAAUGAAGAGAGAAGUUUUGUUACACACAGCCGUCCAGGAGGAGCGCCAGCGGGCCAAAGAGCGCAGCGAGAACGAGGUGGAGUCCACCAGCAGCGUCAACGAGGACAUGCCCGUGGAGAAGAUCCUGGAGGCCGAGCUCGCUGUGGAGCCCAAGACAGAGACCUACAUCGAGACCAACCUGGGCAUGCCAUCCAACUCGCCCAACGACCCGGUGACUAACAUCUGCCAAGCAGCCGACAAGCAGCUCUUUACACUGGUGGAGUGGGCCAAGAGGAUCCCCCACUUCUCUGAGCUGCCCCUGGACGACCAGGUCAUCCUCCUACGAGCAGGGUGGAAUGAGCUACUCAUCGCAUCCUUCUCACACCGUUCAAUAGCGGUGAAAGAUGGGAUCCUCCUAGCAACAGGGCUACACGUCCAUCGUAACAGCGCCCACAGUGCUGGAGUGGGAGCCAUCUUUGACAGAGUGCUCACAGAACUGGUGUCCAAGAUGAGAGACAUGCAGAUGGAUAAGACAGAGCUGGGGUGCCUUCGAGCCAUCGUCCUCUUCAACCCAGAUUCUAAAGGCUUGUCAAACCCAGGCGAGGUGGAGGCUUUGAGAGAGAAGGUCUACGCCUCUCUGGAGGCCUACUGCAAACAGAAAUACCCAGAUCAGCCUGGCAGGUUUGCCAAGCUGUUGCUGCGGUUACCAGCCCUGCGUUCCAUUGGUCUGAAGUGUCUUGAGCACCUGUUCUUUUUCAAGCUCAUCGGGGACACGCCCAUCGACACCUUCCUCAUGGAGAUGCUAGAGGCGCCCCACCAAAUGACAUAACUGCAGGCGGGGCAUCGCCCAUGUUCCCCUCGCCCCCUCCGCCUCUAACCCCUCUGGAUACGGAGGGUGGUCCUGCAAACCACUCCCCCUCGAGAGAUUAUGUGACAUCAUUGGAUCUAGAGAAGUCCCCCCUCUUUGAUGUGUUUCAAAAAACAAGUUCAAUAUCCAUGGGUCUGUUUUAUACACUGUACAAAUAUAUAAAUAUAUAUAUAUAUAUAUAUAUAUAUAUAUAUAUAUAUAUAUUAUAUAACUCAUGAGAUUAAUUGAAAGACAACAAUGGACUGGUGAUGAAACGGACCAAGGGGAAAGGAAGUGUUUUAAGCCAUUGUUUUGUAAUGUGAAACAACAACCAAGAAGAUCAGGUGUUAAAGGUAGGUCUGUUUGCAGGUGUAUUUUGAAUUGUGGCGGUUUCAUCAGCAGCGUAGUAAUUGGGAGAAUCGUGUUUUGGACUUGUUGAAGUGAGCCGGGGCUGCAUGGGCUGUCCCUGGCUCUGUUCGGAAGCAUCUCACUUUCAGGACUAACUUAAGGGAGAUUGGUCCGUUUGCAGGGGGGAGGAACGAGGCCCGGUCUUGUCCGGUCCAAUUCAUUCAGGUGCUGUCCGGUUUAAUCCGGUCAGGUCCGGUUGGGUCUGUUUUGAGGUGUACUGUAUGUGUUUUGGGAGAGAAGGACUCAAGAGGUGGGAUCAUGCAGAUGAACAGUGCUCCACUCAGGUCCCUCAACCCAAACUCAGCCGCUUCUCCACGUCUCCUUAUUCUAUUAGCACUGUGUGAACAUGAGAGGAGAGAUGCUACGUCGCUACAUCGGUCCUGUUUUCAGAGGCUCAGAUAGCUUUAGUGACUGAUUGGAGUGAAAGCCUGCAGUGUGGCCUCUUAGGACCAGAGCUGGAUGACCUUCACGUGGCCUGAAAAAGCUUAUCUCUGGCACUACUCAUUCUGUUGUACUGUACUGACAUUAGGGGCAGUGUGUAUCUGGAUUCACCCUCACAUAAGCCCUAUACUACAUGUGCAUUGCUGUGUGCUCUGGAAGGUUGGCACAGGAAGACAAGGAAAGCAAACAAAUGAACGUUCUCAUCGCUCUACUACAAGCAUUGCUCCUUUUUCCUGUCUGCGUUAAGGUGACAACAAAAUUAAGAAGAAAAGGACAAAUGGUUUGUUGGGAAAUACUGUCAACUGAUCUGAACUUUUUAAAGUGAUGCCACGACUUUGUCAUGUCAUAUGUCCCUCCACCACUGAGACCAUUCGUUUCUGCUCCUUCUGUGAAUUACAACACACCAUAAUCAACCUCCACACAGCAACCAAGCAUGCUGUUCCUCACGGUGUAACCUAGCUUUAGAAUGGCCUUUGACCUGUACAGGAUAUUACAACAGUAUUGAUGGUAUUUCUAAAAAAUUUGCAAUUACCUCUGUUUUCAUCCCUCAAACUCUCAGUUCUCUACAUAACCCCCCCCCUGUCAAACAGCCCCAUGUCAAACAGUUCAUGGGAGAAGUGCUUCAAUGCAGUCAUGUUUAUGGUGAGAUGCUCUCUUAUUUGGAUUGUGGAGCCCAUGCUCCUCCAUUGCAAGCUCUGGCCCAGACCAUCCACUCUGACUGGAGGAUGUAGGCCUGGUGAAGAAACAGAGACCCUUGACUGCUCCACUGCCCAGCCUCCCCUCACCCUCAGAGGAAUCCACACCCUGCACUUCUCUGGACAACCCAGUUUCAUUUAAGUCAAACUGAAAUGUUAAAUAUGUAACAUUAUGUAUAAAUCUGCUAUAUGCCCAUAUUGCGCAUUUUUUUCUUUCUAUGCUGCAGCUGCUGCAUAACUAUGCAUCAAGCAUUUUUCCAAAGAUUGUCCA